ACACAUUUAGCCUAGCCUACUAAACAAAUGCGUCUUUUGUUCGCAGGCUCGUGGAACCGCCGCUAUGUUUGUGAGUUUUUGUGGUUAACUCCACCCCUUCACCCUUGCCUCUUUUAGUCAAUAGUCACUACUAGACGCUGUUCGGACGCACAGGUGUGUGGCUGAUGAUGGAUUUAAAGGAUAAAGUUGCCGUGGUGACCGGAGCAGCUCAGGGUUUGGGCAGAAGCUUUGUCGAAAUACUUCUGAAAAAUGGGUCAAAGGUGGCUUUAAUUGAUGUGAAUAAAUCAGUGGGAAAUGAAUUGAAGGCCACACUUGAUGAGGAGUAUGGACGUGAUAGAGCUGAAUUUUAUGCUGCCGACGUCUCAUCGGAGGAAGAUUUUAAAGGAGUUUUUGAAAAAAUUGUAGAAAAGUUUGGCCGCAUAGACAUUGUGUGCAACAAUGCAGGGAUCAUCAAUGAAAAGCAGUGGGAAAAGACUAUUGCAAUAAACCUGGGUGGAGUGGUCAGGGGCACAUAUCUUGCUCUAGAACAUAUGAAGAAGGAAAAUGGUGGUAAUGGAGGAGUCAUUGUCAACAUUGCAUCGAUGGCAGGUCUGGGGCCUAUGCCAAUGGCGCCCAUCUACACAGCAACUAAACAUGGCGUGGUGGGAUUUAGCCGUGCCAUGGCAGCCGUUUCCAAGAUGGUUGACUAUGGGGUGAGAAUCAACAUCCUCUGUCCGUGGUUUGUGAAGACCAGUCUUCUGUCCUUCUUGAAUUCAGAAGAGCAUACUGGAAAUUAUUUUCCAUUGAAGGGUUUAACGGAGAUGAUGAUGGAGAACCGCGGCUGUCUGGAGGUUGAUGCUGUUGCCAAGGCCUUUCUUGUUCUUGUGAAAGAUGAGAGCAAGAAUGGAGAAGUUCUGAUGAUUGAGCCUGAGGGUUCAGCUUUUGUCUCCUUUCCUCAACGGGCCAAAGACUUUCCAUCUACUCCAGUCAGUCUACAGUAGCCAAUCAGCUUCUUCCUCUGACACUGGCGUACCUGUCCGAGCCCCUGCUUAAAUGGAUGAGUUUUAAUUUAGGAUUAAAGCUUUUGCCAGAGCUCGUAUGCUUUUAUCUGGCUUGCCAAUCAAGAUAUUUUAAGAAAUCCCACCCAAUUCAAGACAAAAUAUAAACCUGAGACCUUCUAUUACGAAUGGCCUUAUAAAAAGAUACUUUUGACUAAAACAGCCAGUAUAAAGAUUAGCUAAAGACUAAAAGAUCUGAUUUAUUCUUUGGUGCUUUUUUUUUUUUUUUUUUUUGAUUGUUACAGCCAUGAAUUUCAGCAUUUCCUUUGGUAUACAUUUGCUUUUAUGGCAGCAUAUACUUGAACUGAUGAUAUAUAGAUAGAUAUAUAUAAACAUUUUUGUUAAAAUUUACCUCAAUCAUAAAAUGUUUUGAAUAUGUAGUUCUCUAUUAAAAUGUAGGUAUUUUCAGUAAAUAAGCUACUUCAUGAAAUAUCAUGGUUGUGUUGAAAGUUCAUUGGUUUUCCUCAGGUGAAAUUCUAAUCUUAGAAAAAUGAGUAACAUACAUCCUUAACUUGGACAUAUUGGAUUUUUAGCACAAACAGUGCUGAACAAGUUCAAUACUUAAGUUUAGAAAAACAAGCAGCAGUAAAUAAAUGAGAUACUAAAAUACUGUAGUAAACUUGUCUUGUAUACUUUGACCAAUAAAUGUUUUUGUGUUAAUUUAUUAAGGAUCUGUAACUCGAACAAGAACAUGACAGCAUUGCAAAUAUUCUGAAAUUGUGGUAGGCUAAAAAAAAAAAAAAAAAACUAAUAUUAUACAAACAUAUGUGGAAUGGAUUCAGAUGUUAAUCUGAAAAUAUACAUUAAUUGUACAACAAAUGGCAACAAUACUGCAAAUGUUAUUGCAAUAAAGUAUAUUCAGUCGCUUCCA